AUGCCGUUUUCAGCAACUCCGGCUGUUGUUUCCUUCGAUCGAGGAUCGAUUUUGGAGUUUUGGAAAUUAAUCAAUACACCCAAGUUUGACCCCGCGACUUUGAAUAAGGAGAAGCUGUAUGGAGCAGUGAAGAUUCAAAAUCCUAAAGAUGGCUUGACUUUCAAAGUAAAUGGACAACGUUCAAAGCCAUUCUAUGAGGGAGUUUCAGCUGGCAUUCGAACUGGCCAUAUGGUGGAUCAACUUCCCUCCAUACCAUCAACUUACAUGAUUGCAUAA